AUGUCCCCUCGACUCCUUUGGUUCUUUCUCGGUGCUGGCGUCGGUGCCUGGUGGGCGACGGAGAAGAAAAUGACUGCCGAAUGUCGAGUCCAGCGCACCAUAGGCGUCACCAUCCCAUCUUCUUCAGCGCCAGCCCCGGUCAACACCACGUCUUAUCCUGCCCCGCCGGUCUAUGAUUGGGACGCAGAACGCGCCAAAGUCCGCGAGUUCAGCCAAGCAGCUGGCGAUACAGUUGCUGAACUAUCAGAAGCCACUUUGAACACGAUCCUCCAAGCCACUGAAGCCUUGAAAGCGAAAAUGGCAGAACACAGAGCAUUGAGAGAAGCGGAACGCAGGAUGGAAGAAGAACGCCGCCGGAACCCACACCGUUUGGUUUGA